UCUCGAUGCGCAUGCGAGGGCAACUUGUUUGUCAAAAAACUAAUAAUGAUGGCCAAUGCUUACGAAAAUUAUUUAAGAAGUGUAAACGUAAAUAAAAAUGUACAAGACCGACUCCCGGGGAAAUACAAGGAAAAGUUAAAUUACCUCAAGCAGCUUAUUCGGGAAUAUGUCCACGAAAAUGCGGCGUUAGUUGACGAAUUGGAAGAAGUACAAACUAAAAUAAUCAUCAGGCAAGAGGAACGUAAAUUUCUUUUGCGCAAAUUGUGCGAAUAUGAGCCUCAAGUGGCUGCAGAAGUGCAAAAUUUGGCGAAAGCUGGCUUCAAUCAGGCUGCAUGUUUAGACACUAAAAAAGGGAAAAAACGCCCGAAUGCCGACUCUGACAGGAAAUCAAAAUCUCGAAAAAACUGCAGAGCACGCAAAAAAAUCGUCCAACCUGUACCGUUAGACAAUACAGGGCGUCCAAUUUUCCCCAUCGAACUAGGCAAUCUCACUAUACAUUGCUUGGGGGAAGUGGUUUCGGACAGGAUCGAAUUUCAUUCAGAAGAUGUGAUUUAUCCAGUUGGUUUUAUUUCUACGAGAAGCUAUGGCAGUUUGGACGACCCCACAGUGAAGUGCAUUUACAGUUGCAAGAUUUCAGAAGUCAACGGCUUGCCAAGGUUCGAAAUUGAGAUGGAUGACAAUUUGAGCCCCAUCGUGGGAGACACCCCCGAUGUGUGCCACUCCUUACUCCUCCAAAAAAUCAACGAUGCUCUCUCCUUGAAUGUAGUGAGCACAAGACCCCGAGGGAACGAUUUCUUCGGCCUUUCGCACCCCACUGUCUUAAACCUCCUGCAAAGCUUCCCUGGAAGCCGUAAAUGCGUAAACUACAAGUGGAACAAGUUUGAAGUAUCGCGGAGUGGGGACAUAUACACCGAAGACAAUGACGCCGCCCUCAGUUACGAGUAUUUGCAAAGAAGUAUUAAUUUCUGCAAAUAUAAAAUGGCACCUGACAUACUCCAGAAACCGUCAGAUGAGUUCAUAGAUCAUAAGGAUAAGUUGCACGAGUACUUAUUAAAUAACUAAGUUUAUUUCAAUAAAAUAUCAAGGUACAAAAUCAA